AUGAAAAAGAAGUUAAGAAAUCUAAUAGCGAGGGGAGCCAUGAUGCGUGAAGUUACCGAACAAGAUGUUGAAAAAGCCGAACAAUCAAUCACGCCUGAAAGCACCAAAAAAGAUGUUGAAAAAGCUGAUAGUUCAACCAAGGUUAAGGUUACCGAACCGGAUAUUGACGAAGCUGAGAAUUCAAGUAAGCGUGAAGCUACCAAACCGGAUAUUGGCGAAGCUGAUAGUUCAACCAAGCAUGAAGUUACCAAACCGGAUAUUGACGAAGCUGAGAGUUCAAGAAAGCCUGAAAUCACUGAACAAGAUGACGUAGAGUUUACAAAAAUAUUAGAAGAUAUGAAGAUGCCCAAAACUAAUAGUGUGGAGUCUCCAAAGCUUCCAAAAAAAGGUGAGGGUUCUUGUUGCAUCUUCAGGAUUCCCCAAAGCCUAACAAAGAUCCAUCAGAAGAAGGGCUAUGAACCUGAGAUAGUGUCAAUAGGUCCUUACCAUCACGAGAAAGAGCAUCUCCAAAUGAUGGAGGAUCACAAACAUCGUUAUUUGCAACUUUUCCUAAAUGAGGUAAAGGAUGGUGUCACUAUGAGCCUUUUGGUCAAGAAAAUAUUGAAAAUAGAGACUGCUAUAAGGAACUCUUAUUCUGACAAGCUUGUUGGGGUUGACAACCAACCGAAGCUUCUUAAAAUGAUGCUUCUCGACGGUUGUUUCAUUCUUAUGUUGUUCUUUUUCAUAGCAAGAAUUGUUGACGCGAGUGACAAGUCACCACAUGAUCCGAUUUUGACGACGCCGUGGAUUCUGGCGACUAUCCGGAGUGAUCUUCUGCUUUUGGAAAACCAGGUCCCUUUCAUUCUUCUCAAAACUCUUUUGGAAGAAUCAAAGGAUUCUUCUUUGGAUUCAAGCGAUGUGAAGAACCUUGCAUUUAAGUUCUUCAACCUUUCAAUGGUCCAAAAAGAAGAACUGGGGAACCAUGAAGCAAAACAUUUGCUUGAUCUGAUUCGUAACAACUUCAUCCCCGUUCCUCAAAAUCCUACAAAAACAUCAUCAAGUUCUCAAUAUGAUUCGAGACUGAUCCUCUCAGCAAAGAGACUUCGCCUCCAAGGAAUAAAAUUCAAGGCUUCUCAUGAUCAAUCUUCUUUAAAGGUGUGUUGUAAGAAAAUGAUUGGCUGUUUAUUUAAUGAGUCUAAUGCAGUUGUCCCGAGGAGCUCGCAGGAGAAAACAAUAUUGGAGAUAAAACUAUAUGGAAAUGAGCUUCACAUACCGCCAAUAGUCUUUGAUGGAUCCAUCAGUUCGUUAUUGCUAAACUGCGUCGCUUUUGAGCAAUUAUCUUCGAAGUGUGGCAAUGAGAUAACCAGCUAUGUCGUUUUCAUGGGAUGUCUAAUGAAUGACGAGGCAGACGCUACCUAUCUUAUUGAGAAAGGAAUCAUAGAAAACUAUUUUGGGAAUGGGAGUGAAGUCUCUCAGUUCUUCAAAAACAUCUGCAAAGAUGUUGCCUUUGACAUGAAUAAGAGUUACUUGAAAGAAGAGUUCGAAGGGAUUAAUCAGUACACUUCAAAUAGAUGGAAUGUGGAGUGGGCAAGGUUCAAACAUCUUCAUUUUGACUCUCCUUGGACUGUCCUAUCAUCUCUUGCUGUUUUGGCAGCUAUUUUACUUUCAAUGGCCCAAACUACUUUCACUGGCCUCAGUUAUUUUUCGUCCUCCUAA